AUGUCCGACAGAUCCGACAGCCUCAGUGAUGUGGCGACCACUGCGAGCGCAUGGAGCGACAGCCUCGGCAGUUUCUCCAUGGUUGAUGCUUCGCCCGGGGAUCCAAUCAGCCAGCUGGAGCGGCACAUCCAAUACGUGGUGUCUGGCUUUGCUGAUGGGAAUCACGUUCAGAUGAUCAGGGAGGUGAUGAAGCAGGACCAACUCAAUGCAGGAGUCCGGUCCCAGAUGGAACAAGAUUUCAGCGCGCAGGGUGCUCACUGGGCAGUGCAACGACUGGUGCAGCAUUCACACGAUGCCUUGAGCUAUUCUUUGGAGCAGGUCCUGCCCAUGCGACGGCACAUCGAAGACAUUGCGAAGCUUCUCAAUGAGAUGAUGGAUCCUGAGAUUCAGACAGACGCCAUAAGCCUUAAGGCGGUCAUGGAGGACAUGCACCGCCAGUCAGACGCUGCAUUCAAAAUUGCAGCUGCGGGGAGGCGGAAGUUUGAAGUUCUCUCCGGCCAGCUCCUGGAAAUACAAUCUGAAUACCAGGCAGUCCUAGAGAUUGCAGAGAAAGAAGCUGAGGACAGUAGCGAGGUUGCCAGGAAAUGUCAGGAAGAUGCUGAGGCCCACAGAAGGCAGAGAGACGUCAACGGGACAGUGUCGGCCAUCUCUGCAACUCCAACUGUAGGAUGUGUUGGUGGUGGGGUGGCCCUCCUUUCUGGUGGUGCAACCUUCGCUUCAAGCAUCCCUUUGCUCGGUCCAAUCUUGACCUGCACAACGACAAGCACAACUGGCUGGUGGAUUUUCUCCACAACUGCCACGGUUACAACCUUCAACCCUGUGGCGCUUGGGAUUGGAGCAGGCCUGGGAGUGAUUUGUUGUGCUGUGGCCUUGGGGACAGGAAGCCUUGCUUCUUCGGCGUCGUCGGAGUACCAGCAGGCCUUGGAAAAACAAGAGGCAGCUGUGAAAGAUGCAGAUGAAAAACAGCUUGUGGCCCAGCAAGCAGUGGAAAACAAGGCACUUGCGGAUUCCAUGCUGGCGGAAGUCAAACGUCAUGAAAGAAUGUGGAUGGGUGUCUCCGCUACUGGUGACUUAGCUGCUGCCACUUUUUUGGACCUGAGGAUGACUGAUCCCGCACGUCGUCGAGAGAGGUUCAAUGAAAAGAUGCAUCAAUACGCUUCCGACGUGUUGCAUUUUGUUCAGGCGAUUGACGAAUACCUCUUCUUUCUGCACAAGCAGGACUUCUUCCCUCCCACUUUUCAUCUUCAGCGGGCUUUGGGCCAAGAGAGAUUUCGGAAGAUGGAGGAGGAUUGGCAAGCUGCUGCAGCUCAAGUGGCACAGUCGACUGAGCAGUCGGAGCUGGAGACAGGGCAUGGCCGCCAGGAUGAGAUGCUUUGUUGUUAG